GGUGACCUUCGAUCGUCAUUAUCGGGCGAUACGUGAAAAAUCCCUGCGAUUACUUAUAUUAUGCAUUCAACGUGGCAGCGUGAAAGCGGCUUUUCGUCACCCACGCCCAGCGAUGACGACUAUUCUCGGGGAUCGAGGUGAAGCGUCGAGGUUUUUCGUAGGGGCAGGAGCAUAUCAGAAGCAGCUGUGGAGCGUCGAGGAGUCUUUUCGACGCCGACGAAAGGGAUCGGCGGUGCGGCCAAGAGCCAGGCGAAAGUGGCGUCAGUGGCGGAAACUCUUGACCGACCCAAUUGCCACGAAUGGACACAUCACGACAAAUAUAGUAUAUCCAAUACAGCCAUGUCAUGGGACUCUAUCAGCUCGAGAGAUUACAUUGGACAUCAACUAUCGGCAACAGCAUUACUAGGAAGUCCGGAUGGUUCGCGACAUCCACUCGAUGUAUACGAAUUUUCCGAAGAAGACUAUCGGCGGAAAAUAGAUAAUAUUGAGGAUAAUGGUAACAGUUAUCAAGGUAUUGGAAUCUGGGAGUGCCUAAUGGGAUGUCGACAUCGCCUGGACCAACAAUUGGCUAGACGCAAAGUUGAACAGGGUUUAAAACUUUAUCGUGCGCACAAACAACAAGCUGCUGUACGGAAAUGGCGAGGAGCACUGACGAACAUCGGCCGUCGCGAAGAUAAAUUUGCACUACUUGGCUACUUGUAUCAAGCUUACAUGGAUUGGGGAAAAUAUAGAGACAGCGUAGAUUUUGGACACAGGCAGCUUUGCAUUUCAGAAGAGCUGGACUCUCCUAAUAUGAGGGCCGAAGCAUAUUUAAAUCUGGCUCGAGCACAUGAGAAACUUGGUGCUUUGGACAGAGCAUUAGGUUUUGCCCGACACAGUCUCUACAACGAGUGCGACCAAUGUGCCACAGCCGGAUUAGUUCAUCUGACCGUGGGUAGAGUCCACUUGGAACUUGCUGGCUUUUGCAAGGCCUUGGAAGCUUUUCAAAGAGCUCACAAGAUCGCUCAUUCCAUCCAGGAUCCAUCCCUCGAGCUUCAGGUGUACGUUGGAUUGUCGGAACUGUUUUGCCGUCUCCAGGAUGCAGACAAAAGCGCCCGAUAUGCUGCGCGCGCUUACGACCUCUCCAGAAGCCUUCAACUCGGUGACUUAAAUUCCCGACAUCACAGGGCGGCAUUACUACAAAUGGCUGCCUCUCUAAGGAAGAAGGGCGAGCUGGGCGAUGCUCAUGAUUACUGCUCGGAAGCUACAAGGUUAUCCUUAGUAUCUGGUGAUCAAGCAAGUUAUGCUCGAAGUAUAAGGAUAUUGGGAGAUAUUUAUAGAAAUAAAGCAGAAAUUAAUAAGGCAUUCCGUCAGUAUGAGAGCGCGAUGGGUUCGGCCGCUGCUACUGGCGAUCGUUUAUGCCAGAUGGAAGCCAUGGAUGGUGCCGCGAGAUGCCUCGAGGCUCUCAGGCUGCAGCACAAGAUAUGCAACUGCAAACCCCUUGAAUUCAAUACGAGACUCCACGAAGUUGCAAGCUCCGUCGGCGCUAAGUUGCUAAUGAGGACGGUGAGAUCACGCCUAUCGCGAAUUUAUGGCUCACUUGGCGAUGAAGAGCAAAAAUCUCAUUUCGAGAGGGGGGCGGCAUCAAUGGAGGAAGAUCUCGAAUUACGAUGUGGUGGUUGCAACGAACCUUUUGGCCUUGAAGCCGAUUCUUUAGAAGCACUACCCUGCUCCCAUAUUUUACAUGCGAGGUGUGCAUACGACAUCCUAAAGAAGCGCGAUAAGAAGAAGAAGCGUUUAUGUCCGGACUGCCACAAAUCGGUGAGCUCGCGACUCUAUCUUCAUUGCGACGAUACUCAUGACAUCAAUCCUCUUAAUCACAGUUCCUUAAGUCUGGCAUCGCUUAGGGCCAGUAGUCUGGCGACCCUUGAAGAUUGUCACGCGACAAGUAGCGUUUAG